AUUCACUCUUCAACUUUUGAAUUCAAUGGGAAAGAACAAAAAAGUUAUGCCAGACACAGUAAUAAGCGUAGAAUACAAAGUCUCAAUGUAUUGUAACGCUUGUGAGAGAACCGUUGCAAAAGCCAUUUCCAAGUGUAAAGGAGUGGAAAAGUUCGUGACAGAUAUGAACGAACACCGUGUGGUGGUAACAGGUCGCAUUGAUCCAAAUAAAGUUUUGAAGAAGAUAAAGAAAAAGAGUGGCAAGAAAGUGGAGAUUGUGGAAAACAGGGAUGAGGAUUCAAAUGAUGGAUUCAAUAAUGAACGUGAUAGCAUUGUUUUGGUGCCACCUUAUUAUGUGUUUGAAAAAUAUUGCGGCAUUAGCACUGAAACUUUGAUGAUGUUCAAUGAUGAAAACCCUAAUGCAUGUGCACUAAUGUAGAGAUAGAAUUAAUUAGUCUCUUCAUGCAUAGGAAAACUACUUUUAUUAUUCCUUAUUCUUUUUAUUUUUUACUUGUAAAUAGAUUCUACUUUUUUCUUAAACAAUUUUAAGUGUCAUU